CUAGAAGACCUGGCUCUAUUAUUUGCCGUGCUGCUUGUGGCAAAGUCAUUUCUAAGUACUAGCACAGGCCCUCUAAUUAUCUCUAUGGUUCAUGUUUUCCGUGCUGGAAAAAGCGAACCGUACAUUUGCCGCUUGUCUGACUCUGAAAACGAUGUCUGCAAUGGAGGUUCCAGGACCAGACAGUGAUUGGAGGAGCCCAGCAUUCAGACAGAAAGUUGUUGCACAAAUUGAGGAGGCAAUGAGAAAGGCUGGUACUGCACAUACCAAGUCCAGCAAUGAUAUGGAAAACCAUGUUUAUGUAAAAGCAAAAAAUAGAGAAGAAUAUUUGUCCCUAGUGGCAAGAUUGAUCAUUCACUUCAGAGACAUACAUAAAAAAGCACAAGGAGGGGGCCCAGAUCCCAUGAAUGCCCUGACAACUCUGACAGGUGUUCCAGGGGUUGCAGGCUCCAUCAGCAUGGGGCCUCGACCACCUGGGGCACCAAUGGGUGGCAUGGGGACCAUGGGGCAGAUCCAAAUGGGCCAGCAUACCAUGGCAGGAGUGACUGGAAAUCCUCAAGCGAUAGGAGGUCCAGUGCAGAUGCAGAUGCAGAUGCAGAUACAGCAGGCUCAGUUCCAGCAGUUUCAGCAGACAGCCAUGCAACAACAGCAGCAGCAGCAGCAACAACAACAACAGCAGCAGCAGACUGCCAUACAGCAGCAGCAACAACAGCAGCAGACUGCCAUACAGCAACAACAACAACAGCAGCAGCAGACUGCCAUGCAGCAGCAGUUUCAGGUCCAGCAGCAGCUGAAGCUCCAACAGUUACAGCAGCAGCAGCAGCAGCAGCAGCAGCAACACAAUCAGAACCAGCAGCUCCAACAGCAGCACCAAAACCAGCAGCAGCAGGCCCCAAAUCAGCAACAACAGAACCAGAUGCACCCGGCAAGGCUCCAGCAACAACAGAUAACUCAGUUACAACUCCAGCAGCACACCCAGUCCAUGCAACACAUGGUCCAGCAACAACAGGUCCCGCCCCAGGCAGCCCAGCUGCCUCCCCACUCCCAGCAGCAGCAGGGCAUGGUCCCACAUUCUUUGGCCGGGCAGAUGGCCCCCACACAGCACGUGACCAUCAGCUCGCUCGGUCAGCAGCAGCAGCAGCAGCAGCAGCAGCACCACAAGCACCAAGCCUUGCAGGUUAGAGUGUUGCAGCAGCAGCAACAGCAGCAACAGCAGCAGCAGCAGCAAGUCCAACACGCAGUAGCUCUGGCUCAGCAAGCCGUACCGGUCCCUGGCCCGAUGGCUCGCCCUGGGAUGCCAAAUACAACCCGGUUGCCCCGUGCUGCCCCGAACCCCGCCAUAACUUCAAACUCUGCUACCAUGGGAGGACAGCAGCUGCCACAGGUUCAGCAUACACUACUGCCAUCGCCGUCGCCGGUACAGGUUCUGACGCCUCAGUCCAUGCCCCCUCCUCCACAACCACAGCCAUCGCCACAGCCCCCAUCCUCCCAGCCCAACUCAGUCAGUUCUGGUCCCACACCGUCACCAGGGGGCUUUCAGCCAAGCCCAUCCCCCCAGCCCUCACAUAGCCCAGGAAAUGUACGCACCCCCCAGAACUAUGGCGUCCCUUCUCCAGGACCUCUCAAUACCCCAGGGAACCCCAGUUCAGUGAUGAGUCCAGCCGGGGCCUCUCAGCUGGAGGACCAGCAGUACAUGGAGAAACUCAAGCAGCUCUCCAAAUACAUUGAGCCCCUGCGCAGGAUGAUCAACAAGAUAGACAAAAAUGAAGAUAGGAAAAAGGACCUGAGUAAAAUGAAGAGCCUGCUGAACAUUCUCACUGACCCAAACACAAGGUGUCCUCUCAGGACCUUACAGAAGUGUGAGAUUGCGCUGGAGAAACUGAAGAACGACAUGGCUGUUCCGACGCCGCCUCCUCCACCUGUUCCCUGUACCAAGCAGCAGUACCUGUGUCAGCCAAUUUUGGAUGCCGUCAUGGCAAACAUCCGCUCGCCUGUCUUCAAUCAUUCAUUGUACCGUACCUUUGCCCCUGCCAUGACAGCCAUCCACGGGCCCCCUAUCACGGGGCCUGUGAUAGCAGCCCGGAAGAGGAAACAUGAGGAGGAUGACCGCCAGACCAUCCCUAACAUCCUUCAAGGGGAGGUGGCCCGCCUUAACACCAAGUUCCUGGUCAACCUGGACCCGUCGUUCUGCAGUAACAAUGGCACUGUGCACCUCAUCUGUAAACUAGAUGAUAAGAAUCUGCCAAGUGUGCCUCCUCUCCAGCUCAGCAUCCCUGCAGACUACCCUGACCAGAGCCCUCAGUGGGCAGACGAUGGCCAAGUGUAUGGUGCUAACCCCUUCCUACAAAACGUUCAUAGAAAUAUGACCUCCAAGCUCCUUCAACUCCCAGACAAGCACUCAGUGACUGCACUGCUCAAUACUUGGGCACAGAGUGUCAGACAAGCCUGUCUAUCUGCAGCGUAGGGGAGAGCCUCACAUCACCUCACCAUCAAACCUUUGGGGGGGGACAACAUAACUUAUCAUAAAGACUGAGUGAGCUGGAAGGAGUUGGCUGUCUCCAUGGAGCAUUUGCUCUUCCCUAUCACUAGGGUGUGCUGCUGAGGCUUUUGGGAUGGGUUUUCUAGAGAUUUGAGGUGAAAAGAAAUUAUAACAAAAAAUUGAUUACUUUGCCGUGUAAAGCUUUCAAGUAUGUAUUCUUGUUUGGGGAAUUUUUCUUUCUGUCAUAAAUAAAUACUUUUCUGUUCUCCUGUUUUUUCCCUAAUGAACGUAGACGCAUCCCCAUCAUUUUUAACUGUUAAGAAGCAAUUCCGCCAACAACAACGGCACAACCAACAUACUUUUUAUUUCUCCCUAAUAAAUGUAUAUCGAUUGAAUGUUAAAGUUAAGUCAGCUGUAAAUGUAGUCCUUCAAUGGUGAUGAUCUGUGCUGAUCCUGAUCUUGGUGAGAGAAGCUGGAGUUUGGUAAUGCUGGCUGGGCCUGCUGUGUGGUUUGUCUCUCAAUGCACUGUUCUCCUCAACCUGCUCCUCUGUACAGCCUGCGUCCUCUUCUGCUUGUCUGCAAUGCUGGAGCUCAGGCUCUUUUUGAUCGAUGGGAGGACGACUUUCUCGGUCACACCGGCCUGGUUCCCAGACCUGGAAAGGGUAUUCAGAGAGAUUGUUUUAAACUGCAAGAUUAAUGUUUAUUCAUAUUAAAUAAAAGAUUCACUUACA